GCUGCCAGAGUUCAGCAGAGUUCCUCGCUCCAGUUAUGGAGACCUUAGAGGGAACUGAACUCUGCUUUCCACAACUCCUCAACACCUCCUGCAGGAAGCCAGUGCGUCCUCACUUUGAGGCCAUGCUGAUUUACGUUCUGCUGUCCUCCAUCUCUCUGCUCACUGCAGCUCUUAACCUGCUGGUCAUCAUCUCUAUCUCCCACUUCAAGCAGCUCCACACCCCCACCAACCUCCUCCUCCUCUCUCUGGCUGUCUCAGAUUUCUUCGUGGGCCUCCUCAUGGUCUGUCAAAUUAUGCUCAUAGACGGCUGCUGGUUUCUCGGUGACUUCAUGUGUGCUCUGUAUCAGUAUAUAGCAUACAUUAUUACCUCUGCCUCAGUAGGAACCAUGGUGAUUAUAUCUGUUGACCGCUAUGUGGCUAUUUGUCAUCCUCUGCAUUACUCCACCGAAAUCACACAAAAAAGAGCUCAAGUCUGUGUUUCUCUGUGUUGGAUAUGUUCUGUAAUCUUUCAAAGUCUGAUUCUGAAGGAUAUCCUGAAACAACCAGGCAGAUAUAACUCCUGCUUUGGAGAGUGUAUAUUUUUCAUUAACUACAUUGCUGGAAUUGCAGAUGUUAUUUUUUCCUUCAUUGUUCCCAUUACUGUUAUUGUUGUUCUGUAUAUGAGAGUAUUCGUGGUGGCUGUAUCUCAGGCUCGUGCCAUGCGGUCUCAUAUUGCAGCUGUCACACUCCAGCAAUCAGUGAAAGUAACUCCUAAAAAAUCUGAAAUGAAAGCAGCCAGGACUCUUGGUGUUGUUGUUGUUUUGUUUCUAAUAUGUCUCUGUCCAUAUUAUUGUGUCGCUCUUACAGGCCAAGAUAACUUGCUCAAUGCUUCAUCUGCUGCCUUUGUAAUAUGUUUGUUCUAUUUUAAUUCCUGUCUAAACCCUGUGAUCUAUGCCCUUUUUUAUCCCUGGUUUAGAAAAACAGUUAAGCUCAUUGUUACACUUAAGAUACUGCAGCCUGACUCCUGUGAGGCCAGCAUACUGUAGAGAGUCUCUGCAUUGUGCCUGAAAUUAGACCCUCAGCAUGAACAGAAAAAUGUACUUGGCCAUGGUGAUGAAUAAUGGAAUAAUACAGAUCAUAUACUGCAUGUGUCUUUACAUUGUGUAUGUUAUAAUAUAAUAUUCUCCAAGAAUGACUGUUUUAAUUUUCACUGCAACAGUGAAGCUACUUAUGGUUUGUUCAUUUUCAUUUAUUUUGGACAAAACACCACCUCUAAGAUUUACUGUGCAGUCUGUAAGUAUCAGGACAGUGACUUCUUUUUGUGCUGGCUGUGUGCAGGCUAUGCGUGAGCAGUGGUAAAGGACCUCAGGCCCUUCAGAGUCGUCCUGCCUAAUGCCUGUCCAUUUUCCCUCAUUUACCUCUGGCUAAUACUGCCACCUUGUGGGAAUUCAAUACAGGUAAUGUUCAUACUGGUUUAAAUAAACAAUUUGAUAGUAUUUCCCAUCUUUGCUGAACAAGAGUUUUUAAAGGCUUGUCCCAUAUAAAUGCCUGUCCCAAAUAUAGGCAGUUGAGUUGAGUUCAGUGAUUGAAGCAACUAAAAGCCCGGGCUAUUAAUAGAAGUUUUAUGGUAUUCAGGGAAGUUUUGUUAUGUUACACACAUUCACGCCUGGAAGCUGCCUAGAACAACCACAGUCUGCUGGACACUGAGCAGCGGUUGAGGUUAAGGGCCUUGCUCAGGGGCACCUCAGUGGUGGUGAUGAGGAAGGGUCAAGCACUGCUUUUUCACUUUCCCCACUCAGAUUUAUCCUUCCGGUCCGGGGAUUGAGCUGAUGACCUUCUGGUCAAAAUCUCACUUCUCGCUUUAAUAAAGUGAA